AUGUUGUGUGGGGCUUUGGGGAAACUGGCCUUAAUGAGCAUACAGUACACUCAGAGUGGGUAGAUAUGUGCUGACACAUCGUUUGAUCAUUGACUAUCUCAUGUAAGAGAAUGUAGCAGUACCUCCAAACUUAAAAGUGAAGUCAACAAGUAUGAAACAGCUCUUGAAAUUCAGAAUUUCAACUUGAACACCAGUAAAGAAUGCUGUUUCACCUUGGCUUUGAAUGAAAACUAGAAAUUAGACUUUAGUAUGUUUAUAGCAUAUGCUUAUGAAGAAUAAAUCAUCGAUGGAAAUAUACAUUUAGGAAUGUCUCUUAAAUAUCUGCCUAGAGAUUCUCAUUUUAAAAUAACCUUGGAUCAAACAGAGAGAAACCAGGAACAAGGUGGUUAGAUUUUACGCCAAUGUGAAAACCCAAACCUAAAAAGCAUUCUUUUUCAUACUGUUGCUAUCAGGAAGAGGAUAAAGAAGAUUGUGAAGAUCAAGGAACUUUAUGAAUAAGGAAGAACCUUUUGUAUCUAUGAGCUGAAGGAUGAGACUAUCAAAGAAGCCUUAGACAAACCUGGCAGAUUUUGGUCUGACCUAGAUGAUUUUAAAUGGAAAGGAAUAGAAGACCAAUGGAAUGCUUAUGAAGAAAGGUCUAUGGUAGAGAAGCAUUUGGAAAAGUCUCACAAAUGGAUAAUUAAAAAAUAUUACAGUGAAGCUAUUUGUAAAAAGAAAUAAAAGAAGUCAGAAAGUGCCAGUGAUGACAUCAAUCACUGGAGGCUGAUACAAUCUAAGAAUAAGGUCCAUGAACCAGAGAAAAAUGGAGAGACUGAAGGAGUAGAACACAACAGAGAAAAACAUCUCCUACUUCAGAGAUUAGACCAUGAUAUCAAAGGUAAAACUCACUAGACAAUUUCUAGGAUUAGAUAUUAUUACAAUCACAGUUUUGGCAGAAGAAAACAUAGGAAAAUAAAUACACAAGUUAUGCAGACUCUGAGAAAGGAGUCUUCUAUCAAUCUGGAUAUCAAGAAGGAGGUAAUUAAUGCCUUAAAAAAUUUCCAAAUGUUGAACAUAGAUAUGCAUCAAUAUGCAAAUUUUAAAGAAGAGGCGUGUGGGAUGAGAAAAUAUUUGUUAGAACAAACAGAAGAGAACAAAUCUACCAACACUAAAACAACCUGACAUAUGUAUAAAAAAUAUUUUGGAAAAGUGACUGAAAAUUCUAUUCCAUUUGCAACCUGUGAACAAUUUACUUCUCUCUGUAAGUCAAUUCGGUUCAAGAGAUGGGAAAAUGGAAACACAGGCAAUGUUACUUGCCUCAUCUUCAAUGACAAGUAUAUUUUUACAUGUUGACAUGUUGUACAUCUUGUGGUGGGCGAAGGUCCACAUCCACAAUUGUGGCCAGAUGUAAUUAGCAAAUUUGCAAAGGUAAGCUUCACUUACAAAGAAUUCUGCCCAAUUGGUAUCAUUUGGUUUUCUAAUGAGCCAUGUUUUGAAUUGUCUGGUGAAAUUCUAGUUUAUGCCAUUUUAAAGAUAAAAGAAAAUGAAUUUUGUUCUAUGUUGAUCCAAAGAAGUUUCUUAUCAGAAGUUUGAAGUUAUGAUCUUAGUUAAGAUAUUUGUUUCUCUCGUGGGUCCUCUGGCUCCCCAGUGAUUAAUGUAUGUGAAAAUUGGUUACUAUGCAUACCCUUGGGCAUUUUCAUAAACCUGGAGAUAAGAUCUACUGACCUUGUUGAAUUUUCUUAUUCUAUGGAUUCUACUCUUUGUCAUAUUAAGACAAACGAGAGUUUGUAUAAAUUAUAA